AUGGCCGACGCGACUGAGGCCGAAUCCAGGGUCCUUAUCCUCGACGGAGGGCUCGGCACAUCACUCGAGGACAAGUACGGCCUCAAGUUUAACUCGGCCACCACCCCUCUCUGGUCUACUCAUCUGCUUGUCGACGGCCAGGAUACGCUGCUUGCUUGUCAGAAGGACUUUGGCGAUGUCCCCGUAGACAUCAUCCUCACUGCCACCUACCAGCUGUCCAUCCAUGGUUUCGCCAAUACACGCACCCCCGAGCAUCCCAAUGGCAUUGACCGAGCCACCAUUGGCAACUUUAUCAAGGACGCUGUCCGCAUCGCCCAUGAUGCGGGACGCGCAAACGGCGCCAAGACCGCUCUCAGUAUUGGUCCCUACGGCGCAUGUAUGAUUCCUGGCCAAGAGUACAGCGGCGCCUAUGACGAGGAUCACGACUCACUUGAGAAGUUGCGCGACUGGCAUCUUGAGCGCCUGCACCUCUUCAACAACGCUGGCGCUUUCGCAUCGCCGGUCGGCUACGUUGCCAUUGAGACCAUUCCCCGCGCCGACGAGAUCAAGGCCAUCAGGCAAGCUCUGGACAAGACCGGUGUCCUGGCCACCGACUCUGCCCUCCCGUUCUGGAUCGCAUCGCUGUUCCCCGGUGAUGAUGAGCGCCUGCCCGACGGAUCAUCCAUCAAGGAGGCUGUGGCAGCCAUGCUCAGCCCCGAGAUCGCCGCAUGUCGCCCGUGGGGUAUUGGCAUCAACUGCACCAAGGUCUGGAAGCUGGAGUCUCUCGUCAAGAGCUAUGAGUCGGCUGUUCAGGAGCUCAUCACUGACGGCAUCGUCGCCGAGGCACCGGCCCUGAUUCUCUACCCGGAUGGCACCAACGGGGAGGUCUACAACACCACCACUCAGAAAUGGGAACUCCCAGAGGGAUCGAAUCACCCCAAGACAUCAUGGGAAGCACAGCUCACAGAGGUCGUCGCAAAUGCUCAAUCUCGUGGUAUUUGGAAGCAAAUUGUUGUAGGCGGGUGCUGCAAAGCAAGCCACGCUGAUAUCGCCAGGCUCCGGGCCACGGUGGAAGGCCUAUCUCGGUAA